ACGGGCACGGGCGCGCGGGCUCGGGCGGGCACCGGCUGCCUCCCUCCGUAGCUCGCUCGCUCGCUCUCCCGCCCGCCUGCUUGCCGGCUGCGGAGCCGGACUCGCCCCUGCGCUCUCGGGAAGGAAGAAGGGGGCCGCGGACGCCGACAAGUUCCCGCAGGAGCCUCCAAUCCCGGCCGAGACAGAGCCUGCGGCUCCGACGGGACAGGAGCGCGUUCCGCGGCGAGGCGCACGGCCAGAGCGUCCGCGGCGGGGGCACCCGGGCCUUCUGCUCUCCACGGGGCCGCGGGCCGGGACUCCAUGAGACGGGCCCACGAGGGGCGCAAGAUCCAAAGCCCGGGCGGCGCUCGGCGGAGGCGGACGGCGAAGCUGCAGCUGCUGGCGCCUGGGAGCGGCCGGCAGGAGGCAGCGGCGAGAACUUGAACUUGGAGUCAGGAGUGGGCGCCCCGGACGCCCCCCGCCGGGGCCGGGGCGCCAAGGGGCCUGGGCGGCAGCGCUGUCCCCCGAAUGGCCGCGGCGGCGGACGGAGUUCCCGCGCCGCGGCCUUAGGUGGCCUCUCGCCAUGGCCAAGUGGCUGAACAAGUACUUCAGCUUAGGAAACAGCAAGACCAAGAGUCCCCCGCAGCCGCCGCGGCCCGACUACCGCGAGCAGCGGCGCCGGGGCGAGCGGCCCUCGCAGCCCCCCCAGGCCGUGCCGCAGGCCCCCGCGGCCGCCUCGGCGUCCUGCGGUCCGGCCACCGCCUCUUGUUUCUCGGCCUCGUCAGGCUCGCUACCCGACGACAGCGGCAGUACGAGCGACCUCAUCCGCGCCUACCGCGCGCAGAAAGAGCGCGACUUCGAGGACCCCUACAACGGACCCGGCUCGUCGCUGCGCAAACUGCGCGCCAUGUGCCGCCUGGACUACUGCGGCGGCGGCGGGGAGCCGGGCGGGAGCCAGCGGGCUUUCUCGGCCUCGUCCGCGUCGGGCGCUGCCGGCUGCUGCUGUGCCUCUUCGGGCGCGGGCGCCGCCGCGUCCUCGUCUUCGGGAUCUCCGCACCUCUACCGUAGCAGCGAGCGACGACCUACCACGCCGGCCGAGGUGCGCUACAUCUCUCCCAAGCACCGCCUAAUUAAGGUGGAGAGCGCCGCAGGCGCGGGCGCCGGGGACCCCAUGGGGGGCGCCUGCUCCGGCGGCCGCACCUGGAGCCCGACGGCCUGCGGAAGCAAGAAACUGCUCAACAAGUGCGCCGCCUCGGCCACGGAGGAGAGCGGGGCCGGCAAGAAGGACAAGGUGACCAUAGCCGAUGACUACUCGGAUCCCUUUGAUGCCAAGAAUGAUCUCAAGAACAAAGUGGGGAAAGGGGAGAGUGCUGGCUACAUGGAACCCUAUGAAGCCCAGAGGAUCAUGACAGAAUUUCAGAGGCAGGAAAGCGUCCGGUCUGAGCACAAAAGCAUCCAACUAUAUGACACCCCUUAUGAACCAGAUGGCCAGAGUGUCGACUCCGACUCUGAGAGCGCGGUCAGCCUCCGGCUGCGGGAGAGCAAGCUGCCCCAGGAUGACGACAGGCCCGCUGACGAGUACGACCAACCGUGGGAGUGGAACCGAGUCACCAUCCCAGCUCUGGCAGCCCAGUUUAACGGCACCGAGAAGCGGCAAGCAUCCCCCUCGCCUUCCCGGGACCGGCGGCGCCAGCUUCGUGCUCCCGGAGGGGGCUUCAAACCCAUCAAACAUGGGAGCCCCGAGUUCUGUGGGAUCCUGGGAGAAAGAGUGGACCCUGCCGUCCCCCUGGAGAAGCAGAUAUGGUAUCACGGAGCCAUCAGCAGGGGCGAUGCUGAGAGCCUGCUGCGACUCUGCAAGGAGUGCAGCUACCUGGUGCGGAACAGCCAGACCAGCAAGCACGAUUACUCCCUCUCCCUGAAGAGCAACCAGGGUUUUAUGCACAUGAAACUGGCCAAAACCAAAGAGAAGUACGUUCUGGGUCAGAACAGCCCCCCAUUCGACAGUGUCCCGGAAGUCAUCCACUACUACACCACCCGGAAGCUGCCCAUCAAAGGGGCUGAGCACCUGUCCCUGCUCUACCCCGUGGCGGUGCGGACCCUGUGAGCAGGCCAGCCCCGCCUGCUCUGGCCUGGAGGAGCCAGAGGCCCCGCCACCAUCCCGGCCCUGUCGCCGGUGUGUCCAGUCUGUGUCAUGUGUCUGGUACUAGCACACCACUGCAUGUCUCUAGAAUGCUGUUGCCACUUGUGGGGACUGGCGAUGGACGGUGAACACGCCACCCCAGCCCCCACCUCAGCCCUCCUUGAGUUUCUGUGAAUUAAAAUAUUUGCAAAUCCCAAAGAGAUGCCUUCCAGGACGAACGACGGCGGAGCUCCCUGGGUUGCGUCUCUCUGUUCUCCAGCUGUCCUGAAGUCACACCUGUGUAGGAGGCAGAGUUUCCCACCAAGGCCCCACAGGCACCCCAAGCCCAGUGCUGGUGCUGUGAGCCUCGGAGCCCGGCCCAGGGUCAGCAGGCGCGGGCCCUGCCCCCUCUGGUGUGUGUGUCUGUGUGAGUGUGAGCACGAGAGAACGUGGUCACACACAGAUGUGGGUAAACCCACUAAUCUACUUGUAGUCACUCAGUGUAAUCAGUAGAUCUUCAAGGAAUCAUUGUGCAGUCAAAAAGAAGAUUCAAUUAUUUAUGAA